ACCUGCCUCACCAGCCCUGCCACUUUGAGCUCAUUCAGGAGCUGCUUCACCUGCUCUGCUCUGCAGCCUUCAUCAGGACCCGGCACUGCGGACAGGUGUCCGAUAUGAGCGCAGACAGCCACUGACUGCAGCCCACCUCCAUCCGAUCAGCGCGACAGAGAUCUGGGAGAGUUUGCGCGCACCGCUGGGACCUGCGCAAAGGACGUAAACAUGCAGUGAGCGCUCCCACCGGACCUGCUGAACUUUACCCGCUGACGCGAUGGCAGCAGCCGCUACUCUAGGGGAAGUUGGAGGCGUCCUCCACGGCAUCGACGGCGUCGUUCACGUCGGCUCCCAUUUCUUCCUCACGCCUCCCGGGGACGGUCCGAUCCUGCUGGGGGAGCACCUGGCCCCCGGGGACAGGCGGUACCUGCCCACCGCGCAGGAUCUGAAACACUUAAAGGGCAUUUUGAGGAGGAGGCAGCUGUACUGCAGGACUGGCUUUCAUCUGGAAAUACUUCCGGAUGGCACGGUGCAGGGGACGAGAAAGGACCACAGUCGUUUUGGUAUUUUGGAAUUCAUAAGCCUUGCUGUUGGCCUGAUAAGCAUAAAAGGAGUGGGCAGUGGGCUUUACCUGGGGAUGAACGACAAAGGGGAGCUCUAUGGAUCUGAAAAGCUCACACCUGAAUGUGUCUUCAGGGAGCAGUUUGAGGAAAACUGGUACAACACCUACUCAUCAAACCUCUAUAAACACGGAGACAAAGGGACACGAUACUUUGUGGCAUUAAACAAAGAUGGGACUCCAAGGGACGGGACUAAAUCCAGAAGGCACCAGAAAUUCACACACUUCUUGCCCAGGCCUGUGGACCCAGAGCGAGUGCCAGAACUGUAUAAGGAUAUCCUGGGACACAGCUGAGACGCAAAGUCCCAGAUCAGGAGUAGCUGCUUUACAGCCCUGUUAGGCAGGGAGCCGAUCGACAAAAAGAGGCUGAAACGAUGCCGAGCGCUGGCUGGAGGACCUCUACCAGCGGGGGUAAAGGCACUGGGGGCCUCAUGUAGGAAUGUACAGUGGCCAUCUCUCAGCAGCCAAGAAGACCGGCUAGAAUGCCUCGGCAUGAGGGGCUCGUUUGUUCCAGAGGCCGGACGAUCCCAGAAAAGUACCUGCAGAGAACAGGUAACAUCUGGGGAGACGAGGCUGAGAGGUCACGCAGCGUCUCCGCAGUCUGCGGCCAUUCCAGGAGGUUUCUCCGGGGCGCUGUCUGAGCGAGAACUACUGUCUGUUGAGAAGGACUUUGAAGGAAUUACAUUUUAUUUCAAACCUGUUGGAGACAUUUGCAGAAGUGUAAAAGUCUAUUUAUUCAUUUUUAGAUACACAUAUUUAUCUUAUAUAUUUAUUUAUUGGAGAAUAUAUUUUUACAAGUAGAAUCUAGGAAAGCCCACUUGGAACAAUGUCAACUAUAUAAAGUGAGAAACUGUAUUUUUAUCAUCUUUAUCCUAAAACAAAUAACCAUCAGUACUACUCUAUUAUUAAAUCCAAAUUAUAAAACCUUUUAAAAGCUAUCCAAAUUUGAAAUGUUUUCUAUCCUAAUUGUUUAUUGUAUAUCUUUUUGGAUUAGUAUUUAAUGGCCACUCUAUUGUAAGAUGUGAUCACCUUCAGUAAAAACUAUAUUACUACCAUAAUUACCAUGAAAUUUUUCAUCUAAUGAUUCAAACUAAUUGUGAAAUUAGGGCAAACUUCAAAGGAUAAUUUUUCCUCCCACUUUAAAAAGCAAUUUGGCUUUAUUUCAGGUGUCAUAAAAAAUAUAAAAUAGGCACCUGAAGUAAGAGUGUUGAUUAAGAAUUUUUUUUUCUAUUUUCCUCAAAGUUUUAAAAAUAUGGUGUCAUUUUGGGCUCCAAUCUAACUGUUUUUGGAUUUCGCCAUUUUAAAAUAUUUUCAAGAAGCCAACAUUGUAAUUUUUAUUAGAAAGGAACUAUUUUCAGCCAGCUGACCACCAGUGCCCAGAAACAGUUGGGGGAGGGUACUUAACAUUCUGUUAUCCCUUUCCUGCAUUUCAUUAAAGACUUUAAACUGUA